UUUUGUUCGUGCCUUCACGCCAUACCUCGGAGACGAGGAAUAUUUUUGCUGAGCUGGAUUGUUUACAUCCCCAAAGAAAAGUGUUGAUCGUCCGACUGGUGCGGAAAGAAAUUAUUUUUUUACAAUAUCUCCAACUAACCUUACGCGGAGAAAUUUUAUUCGGUACAAAUAAAAGCCAGAGCUUUUAGUGAAAAAUAAUCGUAUCAUGAAAGUGACUGUGACCACGUUAAGCGAUGACAUCUUUGUACUCGAUGUCAGCGAGGAGCUGGAGCUCGAAAAUUUCAAGGCGUUUUGCGAAAUCGAAAGUGGGUUUCCGGCCCAUGAAAUCGUUAUUGCAUUUAACGGCCGUCCGUUGAUGGACGACAAGAAACCUCUAAAGGAACAUGGAAUCAAAGACGGGGAUGUGGUCAUUUUACAGCACAUGCAACAGAGCGGUUCUGGACUCAGUUUACAGACGUUCGAUGGAGCUGUACCUACGUUGGACUUCAGCGCGAUUAGGAUUCCUGGAUCAUCAGGUAGAUCCGCGCCAAGUUCGAGCGGUGCUGCAGCACCGCAGAGACCUCAAAAUUCACGUAGCGAGGAUGACCCUGUUAUGAUCAGAGACAUGUUCCUCGCUAAUCCAGAUCAGCUAGCUUUACUUAAACAAAAUAAUCCCAGGCUAGCAGAUGCCUUGCUGUCCGGGAAUAUUGAAAGGUUUUCGAAUGUUUUAAAGGAACAAAUUAAGUCGCGCGAAGAACGCCAAGUUCAGCGUGUAAGAAUGAUGAACGCAGAUCCUUUUGAUACAGAAACGCAAAGACUUAUAGCUGAAGAGAUAAGACAAAAAAAUAUUGAGGCAAACAUGGAGGCAGCGAUGGAAUAUAAUCCCGAAACAUUUGGAACUGUAGUUAUGCUCUACAUCAAUUGUAAAGUAAACGGUUUUCCGGUGAAAGCGUUUAUUGAUUCAGGUGCUCAAACUACAAUUAUGUCUGCCGCAUGUGCAGAACGUUGUCACAUAAUGCGUCUGGUAGAUUCGAGGUGGGCAGGUGUGGCAAAAGGUGUCGGAGUGCAAAAAAUCAUUGGCCGUAUCCAUAUGGUACAGAUACAGAUAGGUCAAGAUCACCUAACGACUUCUUUCAGUGUUCUUGAAGAACAGCCAAUGGACAUGCUACUUGGUCUUGACAUGCUUAAAAGACAUCAGUGUUGCAUAGACCUGAAAAAAAACAUACUAAACAUUGGUACAACUGGAACUGAAACUCCGUUUUUAACCGAGGGCGAACUACCAGAAUGUGCAAGACUGAGUGGAAAUAGUGAUGAAUCCUUAGACGACAGAGAUUUGCAAAGAGCAUUAGAAGAUAGUUCAAAGGAUGCUAAAAAGCAAAAGCAGCAGGACGGGCCAAGCGCAAGUAAUAGUCCAAUGAAUGUCACACCAUCGAUGUCGUCGAGCACGACAACAACUUUAGAAACAACCGUUCUUCCACAUGACCCCUUCACAGAUGGUACAGUAAAAGAAAUUGAAGCCUUAGGUUUUACUCGCGCGCAGGUAAUUUCAGAAUUGCGUCGAUUUAACGGAGACAAGGCUCAAGCUACAGCUGCGCUGUUUGCUAAAUCAUUGAAAUUCUAAUAAUAAGGAGGUUAUUAAAUAUUUCGACGAACAAUACAGAAUACUGGUGAAAAGAAUCCUUCUCUUGAUAGUCAGUACAAUGUGUGUCAUCAGUAUGUUAAUAAAAAGAAAGUUGUGGCAUAAUAUCAAAUGAAUUAUUCAGUGCCACAGGUUUGAGACAAUUAUGUGAUGAUUUGUACUGAUUGAAUUGAUUCUUUUCGUUUUAUGUCGUAUGGAACGACGAAUAAAUAAGUAAAAAAUAGUUAAUAUAAAGUUUAAGUAUAUGCUACGUACUGCAGCUUUCGAAAGUGUCAUGUAUUUUUUCGUAAAUGUUGGCCGCUACCCGUUGAUAAGCCUCUUAAUCAUACGACUGAACAAUGUAAUCACAUUUAGCUGAGCCUACACUAAAUGCGUGACUUACGACAAGUAGAAGAGGAAAGACUUCAAUGCAAGAGAAAAGAAAAAAAAAGGGUACCUUAUUCAACGCACAUCAAUUACUGUUUCAUGAAAUCCGUAGGAUUAUACAGUUCAUCCCUGGAUAGAAAGUUCCUGACAAAUCUGUAUUUCUUUGCUCACACCUUUAUCAAUUUCGAGUGUGAAUUCAUUUUACCCUUAUUUUAAACCAGCCCCGUAACUGACAAAAAAAGGUUGAAUCAGUUAACCUUUCGUAUAUGUAGAUACAAAUUGCCAAGUUUUGUGUGACAAAUUUACUGUCUGAAGAGUUAAAUUUGUUUGGCUCUGAUUGAGACAUGUGAAUCAAUGUUAUUCUGAAUGCUAAAAAUACGCACGAAGUAUUUUAAAAACUUGAAAACUACAUAAUCAGAUGAAUUUUCAGAGAGCAUGACUUUCGGACACGAUUUGAUAAUGCCCUUAGUUAAAGAUGAUCAGACUGCAAAAAAUAACACGACCGUUCAAAGCUCAAAAUCGAUUUAUGAGAAAAAUAUUUUUACAAUAUUCUUCGAUUCUGU